AUGUUCUCCGGAAAGGUCUCACGAUCUGUCAUCGAAUACCUCGUCGACAAGUCCAUCGAGACCGUUGAUCAUGCCAUCGGCCGCAGACGCGCCUUUGGCAACGACCUGGCCAGGCAACGCCUCAUGAGCUUUGUCUCAAAUGUCAUCUACCGCGCCGAGGUCCCCAUCGCCGUCAUCCUCGCAACACUUGUUUACAUCGAGCGCGCAAAGGAGCAUCUCCACAUCACAGUAGAGGACUUCGCCCACGAACGUGUCUUCCUCGGUGCAUUGAUUGUCGCGGCCAAGUACAUCAACGACGCGUCCCCCAAGAACGCCCACUGGGCGCUCUACACAGGCAUCUUCACCAAGCGCGACGUCUGCCUCGUCGAGCGCGAGUUCUUGUCGGUGCUGGAUUUCUGCCUCAUGCUGCAUGCCGACGACCUGCAGACCCAUUAUGACGCCCUCGUGAAGUACUGCGCCUCCGCCUCCGCCCGUCGCCGUCGGAUUCCCUCCGCGCUGCCUUCGCCCACGGAAGGUGUCCCCCAGCUCACCUCCGCCUGGAGCCCCAACUCGUCGGAUGCAUCCUCGCCCGCGUCGACCCCGCCGUCCACGCCCGAGGAAUUCCCCGAACAAGAGUUUAUCGACGAGCGCUACAUGGACAAGCGCAGCGACGACCUCGUCAACGCCUUCCGCUGCAUGUCUGUCUCGCAUCGAUCCCACCCCUCUUCACGGCCGGUUCCCGCCACCUAA